CAGAGGCGGACUGACCAUUUGGAAACUCGGGCACUGUCCGAGGGCCCGGGCUCAGUAGGGGACCCAUGAGAUGCCCCUGGUACCUUUUUCAUAGGCUUUUUUGAGUUUGGGCAAGGACACAGGGGCCCCAUGAUCCCCUAUUGCCCGGAGGCCUCAUGAGUUGUCAGUCCGCCCCUGGAGAAACAGGUCGUGACCAGAAAUGCAAAACAUUAAGGUUGUCACCAGAACAAAAGAUGAGAGUAAAUAUUCCAUUAAGGAUCCUUGCACAUGUCACAUGUUUUAGAAAUGUAUGUGUGUCUCUGGAACAGGAAGGAAAUUUACCCAACUGACAU